AGAUCUAUAACACUUGCUAUUUUGGGUCUGGAUAAUGCAGGAAAAACAACAACAACUAAAGGCUUCAGUGGAGACCCAAUUGAUCUAGACAUAGCACCAACAAUAGGCUACUCAUAUGAGAAGUUUGCAUUUAACAAAUAUGAUAUCACACUGUAUGAUCUUGGUGGAGGGAAAAACAUCAGGGGAAUAUGGACAAAUUAUUUACAUGAAAUUUAUGGUUUAAUAUAUGUCAUUGAUUCCUCGGCCGGUGCUAGAAUGGAUGAAGCAAAAAAGAAUUUGAAAGAAGUUUUAGAGAAUCCACAUAUUUCUGGAAAGCCUUUAUUAUUAUUAGCUAAUAAACAAGAUAAAAGUGAUGCUUUAGAUGAAGUAGAUAUUUGUGAACAGUUAAAUUUAGAUCAAAUAGUAACAACUAAUAAGUGUCCAUGUAGAAUAGAAACCUGUUCAGCUAUAAAAGGUAGUGGUAAGAAAAUGGAUAAAUCUAUUCACAAUGGUAUGAAAUGGAUGUUAUCUAUAAUAGGUGGUCAAUGGGAUCAGUUAAAGAACAGAGUAGAUGAAGCUAUCAGACAAGAAGAUGAAAAGAGGAAAAUAGAAAAGGCUGAAAGAAAAAAGAGAGUUGAAGAAAGGAGGAGAGAAAGGUAUGUGAAGCAGAUACAUUUCUGCUGA